GUUUGCUGGGUCCGAUGAACGUGGUUGAGUGAAACGUGAAUGCACCCAAUUGUAGAACAUUUUACAAGAUUGCCCAGUAUUACGGGAUGCUGCGCACAGAAAUGCUUCAGUUUUCUUCUCGCCGAUCACCCAUUGUGUGUACAAGGGGUUGUACUGCAAGCAGCCAACCGCUAGCUACAAAUGCAGGACUUGACAUACUGAAAAAAGGCGGGAAUGCUGCAGAUGCUGCGGUUGCUAUGGCAGCAGUCCUGAAUCUUACUGAACCAUUCAGUACUGGUGUUGGUGGAGACUGCAACUGCCUCUUUUACCAUGGUCCAACUAAGAAAGUGUAUGGACUGAAUGGAAGUGGCAGGUCACCCCGAUUAUUGACGCUUGACUUGUUAAAAGCGGAAGGCUUUGUGGAGACGAAUCCUUUGCCGUUGUGUCAUGCCAACCUUGUCACUGUGCCUGGAGCAGCUGCUGGCUGGUCUGAUACAAUUCAUCUCUUUGGAAGUAAGAAGCUGUCUUUGGGUGAAAUUCUACAGCCUGCGAUUGAGUUGGCAGAAAGAGGCUUCCCUGUCGCUGAAAUCACUGCAUUUCACUGGAAUAGAGGAGAGAACAACCUGCAGAGGCCAGGGAAUCUACAUGGGAAGGAUCUGCUGCUGCAGGGUCAGAGUCCUAAAUCUGGCCAGAUUUUCAAGAAUCCUCUCUUAGCUCAGACCUUCAAGGAACUGGCUCAGUGUGGCAAGAGAGGGUUCUAUGAGGGAAGGAUAGCAAAAGCCAUUGUGAAAAUCAUCCAGAAGAACGGUGGAGUUAUGAGUCUCGAUGAUCUAAAGGAGCACACCAGCACAGAGGUUACACCAAUCUUCACAGACUAUAAAAGUUUGAGGAUCUGGGAGCUUCCUCCAAAUGGACAGGGAAUCACUGCUCUGUUAGCCUUAAACAUGCUGGAGAACUUUAACAUCAAAGAAAUGGACCACAACAGCGCCGAUUACAUUCAUCUGCUGGCUGAGGCAAUGAAGCUCAGCUUCGCUGACAGUUUCUGGUUCUGUGCUGAUCCUGCCAGGGUCCAGGUGCCUGUGGAAGAGCUGCUUUCUAAAUGUUACAGUAAGCAGCGCUCAGAGCUCAUCAACAUGCAAAGGGCAAACAGUAAGUCCAUCUAUGGCAACCCAUAUGGAGCUGGUGGUGACACUGUUUACUUUACAGCUGUGGACAUGGAGGGAAGUGCUUGUUCUUUUAUCAACAGCAACUGUGCGAACUUUGGCACUGGACUUGUACCAGAAGGCUGCGGAUUUGCCUUACAAGACCAUAAAGCGAUGAUCUUCAUUAUUGAAUUUUCCUUCCUGUACUACCUAACAGUUGUUCAUGAAUUAACCCUGUUUCUAAAUAAUUCUUCUGAAUCUUUGCAGUACAACUGCAGUUUCUGA